AUGGGACAAAGGAGACCCGAUCAGCGGCGGGAGCGGCAUGUGAAAAUACUCUUCUUUGUUGUGUUACUUGUUUAUGGCAAAACCGUUUUGGCACAAAUACGCUACUCUAUUUCUGAAGAGCUAAAGGACGGAACUGCUGUGGGAAAUGUUGCCAAGGAUUUGGGUAUUGAUCACAGAACCUUAAAGGAGCGCGGAUUUCGCAUUGUCUCCACCUCAGGCGAGUCCAUGUUUAGCGUAAACCAGAACGACGGUGUCUUGUAUGUGAAAGGUAAAUUAGAUAGAGAGACUGUGUGCGAAAGAAGCACUUCGUGUUUAAUCAAUCUGAAAAUUGCUUUAGAAAAUCCUCUCGAGAUCCAUUAUGUGACUGUUGAUUUAAUAGACGUGAAUGAUCACGCACCGAUGUUUCCAGAGAAGGAAAAGCGUUUAGAAAUAAGCGAAACGGUGCUUCCCGGUGCGCGUUUCCAGCUUCAGGCUGCGCGCGAUCCAGACAGUGGCAGUAAUUCAGUUCAGACUUAUAAACUGAGCCACACCGAAUAUUUUCGUAUUGAAAUUAUAGAUCUUGAUGAUGACGGUAAAGUUCCAGCGCUUGUUUUGCAAAAACCGCUGGACCGAGAGGUAUCAAAAAUUAUGAAAUUGCAGUUAACUGCUUUAGAUGGAGGCAGACCACCAAAGUCUGGAACUAUGGAUAUAAUUAUAGAUGUGUUGGAUAUUAAUGAUAAUGCACCUGUUUUUACUAAAGACACUUACAGUGUAAUUCUGAAUGAAAACACUGCAGUUGGCACAACUAUUUUAAGAGUGAAUGCAACUGAUCGUGACGAAGGACAAAACGGAGAAGUAGUUUAUUCAUUAGGGCAUAACGUUAAUUACAAGUUGCGGAAACUAUUUGAUGUAAAUCCAGUAACAGGAGACGUUAUCGUGACAGGUCUAUUGGAUUAUGAAGUCAAAGACAAAUAUCAGAUUAGCAUUCAAGCAUCAGAUAAAGGGAUUGUCCCUCUAACAUCAGAUAAAAUUGUUACUAUAAAAAUCGCAGAUGUAAAUGAUAAUGAACCUCAGAUAGAAGUGACGUCAUUCUCAAGCACCAUUCCAGAAGACUCUAAACCUGGAACAACUGUGGCUCUAAUAAGUGUGUCUGAUUUAGAUUCUGGGAUAAAUGGCAGAGUCACCUGUUCAUUAUCCGACAACAUACCUUUCCAGCUAAUGCCAUCAUCUCAAGAAAAUACAUAUUCAUUAGUGACAACAUCUGCUCUAGACAGAGAGACAAUUGCUCACUAUGACAUUACAUUAGAAGCCAAAGACGCUGGUCAACCACCACUGUCUUCUGUUAAAUCUGUAACUGUUCAGAUAUCAGAUGUAAAUGACAAUAGUCCAGAGUUCUCUUCUUCCCCUUAUGCAUUUUAUGUGAUGGAGAAUAAUGCUCCAGGCAAAUCUUUAUUUUCUGUAUCUGCCUCUGACAAAGACACAGGUGAAAACAGUGUUGUCAGCUAUCAGAUAUGGAGAGAUGGUGGUGCAGAAAACAAGUUUACAUCUUUCAUUAAUAUUAACUCUGAAAAUGGGGAGAUUUAUGCCCUGAAGAGUUUUGACUUUGAAACUUCCAAAACGUUUCAGUUCCACGUGCUCGCCACAGACUCUGGAAGUCCAUCUCUGAGCAGUAACGUGACAGUGAACGUGUUUAUUCUGGAUCAGAACGACAACGUUCCAGUGAUCUUAUAUCCAGUCAGCGCUAACGGUUCUGCUGAGGGUGUGGAAGAGAUUCCCCGUAAUGUGAACGCAGGUCAUUUGGUGACUAAAGUCAGAGCCUAUGACGCAGAUAUAGGAUACAACGGCUGGCUAUUAUUCUCACUGCAGGAAGUUAGUGAGCACAGUCUCUUUGCUUUGGACCGCUAUACAGGACAGAUAAGGACCCUUCGCUCAUUCACAGAAACAGACGAGGCCCAGCAUAAACUGCUCAUACUGGUCAAAGACAAUGGGAACGUUUCCCUCUCAGCAACAGCGACUGUGAUUGUCAAAAUUGUGGAGCCCAAAGAGGCUUUUGCAGCUCCUGAUGAUAAAACCGCAGUAAAAGACGAGGAGGAAAACAACGUCACAUUUUAUUUGAUCAUCACUUUGGGCUCGGUUUCAGUGCUUUUCGUCAUCAGCAUCAUCGUGUUGAUUGUAAUGCAGUGCUCCAAAUCUACAGACUAUUCGUCCAAGUAUUUACAGGACGCAAAUUAUGACGGGACUCUGUGUCACAGCAUCCAGUACAGAUCUGGAGACAAACGCUACAUGUUAGUUGGACCCAGAAUGAGUAUCGGCUCUACUAUAGCACCAGGCAGUAAUAGGAAUACUCUAGUCAUACCAGAUCGCAGGAGGAGGGAUUCUGGAGAGGUAAGAACAAGAGUAGUACUUUGCUAUAUUUUAUUUAUGGUCAUUAUUGCUUUAAAAGAAAAAAUCAAAUACAGCGAGAGCGGCUGA